GGUUCAUGAGAUACGAAGAAGACGCAGCUCCAUAUGGUGCGUGACGUAACCUUUCCUCACAACCUCCAUCUUUCACUACCGCAUGCCUCUGUGGAUAUUUGAGCAGGUCAGAACAUGAAUCAAGAAAAACUCGCAAAACUUCAAGCCCAGGUCCGGAUAGGAGGAAAGGGCUCUGCACGCAGGAAGAAGAAGGUAGUCCACAGAACCGCAACAGCUGAUGACAAAAAGCUUCAGAGUUCACUAAAGAAAUUGGCUGUCAACAACAUCGCUGGAAUUGAAGAGGUGAACAUGAUUAAAGACGAUGGGACUGUGAUCCACUUUAACAACCCCAAAGUGCAGGCCUCUCUGUCUGCGAACACCUUCGCCAUCACAGGCCACGCUGAGACCAAGCAGCUGACGGAGAUGCUCCCGGGCAUCCUCAGUCAGCUGGGGGCCGACAGCCUCAGCAGCCUGCGCAAACUGGCCGAACAGUUUCCCCGGCAAGCUCUCGACAGUAAGGCUCCAAAGGCAGAGGACAUUGAGGAAGAGGAUGAUGAUGUUCCUGAUCUGGUGGAGAACUUCGAUGAAGCAUCGAAGAAUGAGGCGAACUGACACAUGUGACGUUCAUGUGCACAUGGAGUGGACUGCAAUGAAAAGAAGAAAACCUUCUCUGGUCGUUUUUAAGUCUAGUUAUCCAGACAUAUCAGACACUUACCCCCCCCCCCCCCCCCCCCCUCCACAAAAUCCAGAGACUUUUUAUUCUAUUUCUCAAUUGCCCACGGAUGUCCGAGUCAGACUGGCUUGUGCACUUUGUAAAAAAGAAAAACAGAAAAAAGUAUCCCUUCUGGUAAACGGUUAACUCCCUUCACCUCAUCAUGGUCAGGAUUACAGUGCUUCAUUAAAGCUAGUCUUAAGACUGUUUUUGUUUAUGAAACAAAUAAACGUCAUUAACAUUU